AUAACUACUGAGCAAAUUGUUAUUUUUCAGAUUUAAUGAUGUGUAUAACCAAGGAAGCUCCUGAACGUAUUUUUUGUGUUACUUUGUUUAAAACUUGACCUUGUUACCAUGUCUUCAAAGCUUCUGAAAUGUAGAAAUUUAGUAAAAGUAUCUUACUUUGGAAACCGAUUAGCUGUUCCAAUUUUCAGAUAUAAAACUACAGUUUCAGCUUCCCCUAAUGUUGAAAAGAACAAAUAUAAAUCCCCAACUGCUGAAUUGUCCAAAACAGGGACUACAUUGCGAGUUUUUAAAGAGAAAACUACACCUGAAAUUGUAUCAGCUUACUUAGUAUUCAAGUUGUGCAAAAUUAGAUUCCUGGUCACAAAUAAUGAAAAACUGAUGAAACUUGGUUACUCAGUUUUGGGUUCGAAAUUGUUUGAAAAGUUGAUGAAAGUGACUUUUUACGGCCACUUUGUGGGAGGUGAAAAUGCAGAGGCGCUGAGACCUCUGAUUAGUCGUCUUGAGGCAAACGGAAUAGGUGCUAUUCUGGAUUAUGCGGUUGAGAAAGAUAUUUCUCAUGACGCGGCUGUCGAAGCUGAAAUGGAAUCUUCAUUAGCUGAGCAAGAAAAAUCUGAAAACACUGGCAGCUUUAGCGUGAAGCACAGUUUGGCACCAGAGGAUCAAGAAGAACUUCUGAGUCGCCAGCCACAGUUUUUGGCACAUGAAAGCUUCGGCGACCGAAGACAAGAUGUAAUCAGUGCUAAAACGUACUUUUAUGAAGAUGAGCGCUCCUGUGACAAAAACGUUGAGAUUUUCUUGCAGUGUAUCGAAACUGCUUCAAAGUGCGGAGCCUCAGAGGGCUUUGCUGCAAUUAAAUUGACCAGUCUAGGAAGACCACAGUUCUUGAUGGAGCUAUCAGAAGUACUGACUAGAACGAGAGAGUUCUUUGAUCAAAUCAGUGACUCAUACCCCGGUGAUGUCUUGAAGAGAAGUGUUUCCCAGAAUCAGUUCUCUACCGGACUUAGCAAAAUGGGUAUUGAAGUUUCAAUCGAUGAAGCAAAUAACUGGUUCACGUUCCUAGACGCCAAUAAAGACGGAACUUUUGAUUUAUUGGACUGGACCGAGCUAGUUCACCGUGAUAGAUCGUUCUCGAAAGUCCUGGUCGCACCAGAUCCUGAAACUGGCGAAGUGAAACCGAUCCUGAAUCACCUGAGUAGCAGUGAAGAAGUUCAAAUGAAAAACAUGUUGCAGAGAUUGGACCUUCUAGCUAAAACAGCGAAAGAACUUGACGUGAAGUUAAUGAUUGAUGCUGAACAGACUUAUUUUCAGCCCGCAAUUAGUCGCUUGGCGAUGGAGUUGAUGAAAGUGUACAAUGUUGAGAGACCGAUCAUUUUCAAUACUUAUCAGUGCUACCUCAAAGAGGCGUUCAACAAUAUGUCAGUUGAUAUGGGGUUUGCCCAACGCGAAGGGUUCUAUUUUGGCGCUAAAUUAGUUCGCGGCGCGUACAUGGACUUUGAGAGAAAGCGUGCGAAAGAAAUAGGAUACGCGGACCCCAUUAAUUCGACGUACGAGGCUACUACACGGCUGUACGAACGUGUGGUGGGCGAAUGUCUUGAUGAAAUCUCUGCUGGCAAAAAGGUGGCAAUGAUGGUGGCCUCUCAUAACGAGGAUUCGAUUGAGUUCACAACGGAGCGAAUGAAGCAGCUUGGAAUAAAGAAGCAGGACAAACAAGUGUACUUUGGACAACUUCUGGGCAUGUGUGACAGACUGUCGUUUAAACUGGGCCUGGAAGGUUAUCCAGUGUACAAGUAUGUGCCCUUCGGUCCAGUGAAAGAAGUUCUACCCUAUCUGUCGAGACGUGCUUAUGAGAACUCGUCGCUGCUGAGCAAUACACAGAAAGAGGCGAAACUGUUAAAAGAUGAACUGAAAUAUAGACUAAAAGGACUUCAGUGAAUUUUCAUUUGUGAUGAUAAUGCUGUAAUAUAGAAAAAUUGGUCCGGCUCUUUUCUGUCUCUACGGACAUUGUGUACAAAAUUGUUUUCUUAAUUAAACUAUAAUUACUAAAUAAGGGAUGAAAAGACUUAACAAAUUGUUUUUUGGUCAA